AUGUUCCGUAAUGAAGUUACAGGCCCUAAAUUAUAUUUUAAUGAGAUAUGGGCAACAAAAUCGAUAGCUAAAAGAGAAUUUCAAAAGAAUAAUUAUGAAAUAGCUGCUCAAUAUUGUGAGAAAGUAUUAGCGGUUUCCAACAAUGAUUUAGACACUAGAAUCCUUCUAAGCAAAUGUCAACAGAACUUGUUUCAACCAAAAUUGUCGUACGAAAAUCACAUGCUAGCAGAAGCUCAAUUUCCUAAUAUAUUAUCAGUCUUGGAGAAUAGAGCAAGUACAACACUGGAUAAUGAAGAAUAUGAAAAAAGUUUAUUAACAUAUUUGAACAUAGCAAAAAAAAGGGUCAAGCCUAUAGAUUUUACAUUAGGAGUCCUAAAGUUGACGCAAAUAAUAAAUAACUCGACAAAUUUAAAAAGACAAAAAUAUAGAGACCGUUGUUUGGGAAAUACAGUUUUGAAGUUGGCACAACAGGGGGAUUUGAAUAGCACAGAAGCUUUGCACUCGAAACUUGCUAAAACAAAACUUACGUGCAAAAACCAAAAUCAAUCAUUUUAUCUUGGUCGUUUAGCACAAGACAAAAAGUUUUUUGAAGAAGUACUUCAAUCCGGUGGUCCUAAGCAGCCAUUUUAUACUGCAAAAAAUAAAUUAUUUAAUAACAUGAAACGAGUUGUCGACUCAUUAGACGUAGCUUAUGGACAAUUAUAUCAAAGAAAACAGCUAUUUGUUUAUAAAUGUGAUGAGCCUAAAUUGCAAGGCGAUAGACUUUCAACUCGAAUAAAUAAUUCAAAACUUGUAAAAGAUAUGAGACAUCUUAUGAUUUGUAAAUACUUAAACCUUAUCAUUCAAUUACUAAUAAAAAACCAAAUUAAAGAAGCCAAAUUAAAAACGGAGCUAAUGAUAGAGUUUAUGGAGAAAAAUUAUUAUAAAUCCGACAGCAUUUUGGAUAAAGUUUACCAAAGCUUUGGUAUAGCGCAAUAUGUAUUGUUUCAAAAUGUAAAUCGGUGGAAUAUAGAAAAAAAUCAUCAAAGAAUGCUCAUUUUUUUAGGAGCUACUAAAAGUAACAUACCACUAUAUGAAUCAUUAUUUGGACCAUGUGAAAUAAAUCCAAAAAAAACUAUAAAUAAAUUAUGUGCUCGUUUGGAAUCAUCGAAGUCGAUAAUAGAAAACAUUUUCAUAUAUUACGAAAUAGCUAAAUGUUAUAUAGAAUUGGGCAAUGGUAAUCUUAAAAAUGCUUGUAAUAAAGCCACUAAAUGUUUACAAUUAGCUAAAGAAAUUAAUAAUCAUACGUGGACUGUGAACGCAUUAAUUUUACUAGUAUCGAUUGAAUUUCAAUUAGACAAUAAACCUAAGUGUUGUCACAUAUUAUACAAGGCUAUUGCAAUCGCUUAUACGCUCCAUGUGCCCGGAGUCUUAAUGUUUUUGGAAAAGGUAGCUAAAAUGAUUUUUGAAACAAAUGCUAUACAUACUACACGAAUUGAGAAAAAGAUAAUGGAUGUUUUGAAUUUCAUGCCAGACGUUUCAACAAGAAUGAAUGCUAUGUUCAAGUUCAAACGAUUAAUCACUAUGCCGAUAAAUCUGUAG